AUGAAUACAACAGAUGAAAUGGCAAAUAAUGGUCUUCUCUUCAUAUCCAAUGUUGGGAAAGUUCAUAUGGUUUGUCAGAAGGUGUCCCAGUUUGUACGAAGAGUAUUGUAUGUGAAUAUUAAAGAUAAUAUUGACUUGGAAAGUGCUUUACCUGCAAUUAGUAAUCAAAUAGACACUUUGUAUUCUAGGGCUUCUGCGAAAUGCUCUAAUCUGGAUGUAAGACUUAUGUUGAAGCCUAGUCAGUUAAAGGAGGAAAUAAAAACAAAUUAUGCAAUAGACAUGAUCCUUUAUGACAGUGAAUUGGCUAAGGAAGUGGAACAACUAAAGGCAUCAGUAACUACAGUUGAAGAUGACUGUAAACUUCAAAGUAUUGACUUCCAAGAUCCAAGCCACGAAGCCAGCCAAGACACUGUAAAAAGAUAUGAGAAUGUUGCUGUUGGCGGCACAUUUGAUCGGUUGCACAACGGACACAAGAUAUUACUAUCACAAGCAGCUCUAAGAUCUACCAAACAUCUCACGGUGGGAGUCACUGAUGUUAAUAUGAUACAGUCUAAAAAGCUAUGGGAGUUAAUAGAACCUGUGGAAACAAGGAUAAAUGUAGUAUUGAAUUUUCUGAAGGAUAUUAACCCAGAUCUUGAAUACAAUGUGUUCCCGUUGCAGGAUCUUUAUGGCCCUACUAAAGAUGAUCCUAAGUAUGAGCUAAUCAUUGUCAGUGAAGAAACUGCUAAAGGAGCUUCGAAAAUAAAUGAAAAACGAGUAGAAGGUGGUCUGGCACCUAUAGAUGUCCAUGUUAUCGGGCUGGCACCAGACACGAGCCCUCAGAAGGACAUUGAAGAGGAGAACAAAGUCAGCUCGAGCAAUCAACGCAUGAGACUCCUCGGCACAUUGUUGAGGCCUCCUGUGCCAAAUCUAAAUAUUCCAGACUGGCCUUAUGUCAUUGGAUUGGCAGGAGGAAUAGGUAGUGGGAAGUCGAGUGUAGCACAAAAAUUAAAAAAUAAAGGUGCAGCCAUAGUGGAUUGCGAUUUGAUUGCCCACGAGUUGUACAAGCCAGGGUUGCCGCUCAAUGGAACUUUAGCGGAGAAUUUUGGUCAAGACAUCCUCACGCAUUCCGGCGAGAUUGAUAGAAAAAAACUGGGACAGAUCGUUUUUAGCGAUAAGGAUCAACUAGAUAAAUUAAAUAGCCUAGUUUGGCCGGAGGUAAUCGCAGAGACACAGCGUCGAAUUCAACUUUUGGGUAACGAAGGACAUCGGGUCGUGAUCAUGGAAGCCGCGGUCAUGGUACGUGCUAAGUGGUACCAAUACUGCCACCAGCUAUGGACUGUCUUUAUACCUAGGGAUGAGGCUAUUAAAAGAAUACAGGAACGCAACAAGCUGUCUGAGGAAGAAGCUCGACAAAGAGUGGACGCUCAGCCGUCGAACAUGGAACAGAUCGCCCUUGCCAACAUCGUGUUCAGUCCGUACUGGAGCUAUGACUACACGCAGAAACAGAUCGACCGAGCCUGGGACCAGUUACAAGAAUACCUCGCUACAAGAAACUGA